UCUACUUUUCGCCAAGUCCCUCGUUCGGACCCCUUCUCUCUCUCUCUCUCUCUCUCUCUCUCCCUCUCUUCCCCACAGCAAAAAACUCGUUUCACUUCACAAAGUUUAAUUUCUUUUGUCCUUCAGUUUCUCGGUAGCCAAACAGACGCCGGGGCUCCUGAUGGCGGCAGAAAGUGGAGAUGAGAAAAGCUGGGAAGAUACGCUGAGGAAAAUGCUACCGGCCGGUGCGCCGUUACCAGACGAAGAGCAGCUUGAUUACUCCAUUGCUGUGGAGUACGAAGGUCCGCCCGUGCCCUACGAGGUCCCCACGGUCGAUCCACUGGAAUUGGACUCUCUUUCCAUUCGUACCUCCUCCAUGGUUUCUGUGUCCGAUAUUCCUUCCUCGAUUCCCGUUGCCGCGCCCAUUGUCUGUAGGGUCUCGAGGUUUAGUCCUGUCAAUAAUGGAUGUCCAGUUAGAGGUUCGCGUUGUACUCCCGUUUGGAGAGCUCAGUCUGACUUGUCAAAGCAGGGAAAUUGUGUAAUCGGGGGUGGGUUGGAAGAGGAACCGAUCUCUUCAGCUGCCGAAUCGGCUCCAAACCCUUCUGCUUUGGCUUUUGAUGAGGACAAGAGGACGAACGUUGUGACAUUCAGGACGCCGAGGGAUUCAGAGUCCGAAGAUGACGGAUACUCUUCAUCGGCAGCGCUAUCGAGUGAUGCUAUUGGAUCGCCAGUGGCGCCUCAGAGGAGUGGAGAAGAAAACGAAUCAAAGAAGAAGAAGACCAAGAAGAAGAUACGAGGAGUGUGCAGUAGGUGUGGGAAAGGGAACAGGCUGAGGGAGAAGGAAUGGUGUUUGGUUUGCGAUGCAAGGUACUGUAGCAAUUGUUUGCUUAAGGCCAUGGGAUCGAUGCCUGAGGGCAGGAAAUGCGUUGGCUGCAUCGGCCAGCCCAUUGACGAGUCCAAGAGGUCUAGUCUGGGAAAGUGCUCAAGGCUUUUGUCGAGAUUGUGUAGUCCAUUGGAGGUCAGACAGAUAAUGAAGGCGGAGAGGGAAUGCCCCGCCAAUCAGCUGAGGCCGGAGCAGUUGAUUGUGAAUGGGAGGCAACUGAGGCAAGAUGAGCUGUCAGAGAUUUUAGGCUGUCCGUUGCCUCCCCAGAAGCUAAAGCCCGGCAGGUAUUGGUACGAUAAGGAUUCUGGACUGUGGGGAAAGGAGGGAGAGAAGCCUGAUAAGAUUAUCAGUUCCAAACUGAAUGUUGGGGGCAAGCUUCGGGUUGAUGCCAGCAAUGGCAACACAAAGGUGUACAUAAAUGGCCGUGAAAUCACUAAGAUUGAACUUAGAAUGCUCAAGCUGGCCAAUGUCCAGUGCCCACGAGAUACUCAUUUUUGGGUGUAUGAUGAUGGAUCUUACGAGGAAGAAGGUCAAAACAACAUUAGGGGGAACAUAUGGGGAAAGGUGUCUACUCGUUUCAUUUGCUCCUUAUUUUCAUUGCCUGUACCACCUGCAACCUCUGGGUCAAAAGAAGAUCCAACUGCUUUUUCAAGCAGGUCAAUGGCUGAGUAUUUGGAACAGGGAAGGGUUCAGAAGCUUCUUCUAUUUGGACUGGAAGGAUCUGGGACUAGCACUCUCUUCAAGCAGGUCAAGUUUUUAUAUGGGAACAAGUUCACUCCAGAAGAACUUCAGAAUCUCAAGCUUAUGAUACAAAGUAACAUGUACAGAUACCUUAGCAUAUUGCUUGAAGGACGAGAAAGAUUUGAAGAGGAGGCUUUGGCGGAGAGCAGAACUAUUAUGGAUGGUGAGGGCUCUGCCUCAGAUGAAACGGAAGAUGAUGGAGAUAAGCAAUGCAUCUAUUCAAUUAACCAAAGGUUCAAGCACUUCUCUGAUUGGUUACUGGAUAUUAUGGCUACCGGAGACUUGGAUGCAUUCUUUCCUGCAGCAACGCGUGAAUAUGCACCUGUAGUGGAUGAGGUCUGGAAGGCUCCUGCCAUACAGGAAACCUAUAAGAGAAGAGAGGAGUUGCAUAACCUCCCCGAUGUUGCCAAAUAUUUCUUAGAUCAGGCUGUUGAUAUAUCAAGCAAUGAGUAUGAGCCUUCUGAGAAGGAUAUUCUAUAUGCUGAGGGAGUCACUCCAAGCAAUGGUCUUGCUUUUGUUGAUUUCUGCUUUGAUGACAGAAGCCCCAUGUCAGAAUUAUUCAAUGAGAAUUCGGAGUGCCCGCCUCCUUUAACCAAGUACCAGCUAAUACGCAUAAAUUCCAAGGGAUUGCAUGAUGGCUGCAAAUGGCUGGCAAUGUUUGAAGAUGUUAGGGCAGUGAUAUUCUGUGUUGCCUUGAGUGAUUAUGACCAGACAUACGUGCAGGGUAAUGGUUUUGUUUCCAACAAAAUGCUGGCAAGCAGAGAUAUGUUUGAGGGUCUUGUGAAGCAUCCGUGUUUCCAGGACACCCCAUUUGUGCUUUUGCUGAACAAAUACGAUAGUUUCGAAGAGAAGGUAAACCGGGUGCCACUAUCCAGUUGCGACUGGUUCAAGGAAUUCAGCCCUCUGAAGCCCAACCAAAAUAACCAGAAUCUGGCACAGCAAGCAUAUUUUUACAUAGCAAUGAAAUUCAAGGAGCUUUAUUCUUCAAUAACUCGCCAAAAGUUGUUUGUCUGGCAGACCCGAGCUCGAGUGCGUGCAUCUGUGGACGAGGCUUUCAAGUACAUAAGGGAGGUGCUGAAGUGGGAUGAAGAGAAGGAUGAAAACAUGUAUGAUAUUGCUGGGGACGAUUCAUUUUACAGUACGGAAGUGAGUUCCUCCCCGUAUAUUAGGCAGGAAUGAGUAAACUCUCUAUGCGCCCGCCCCUGUAUAGCGCUGGUUCCUGGGGGCAGGUUCAAUGUUGGUGACAUCUAACUUUUGAGAAUUGAGUUCAUUCUAGGGUUUGAAUUCAAACUUUGGAUUAAUGUCGAGGUUUAAUGAUUAAUUGGUUCAGAUAUGUGAGUUUUCAAAAUUUUUUUUUUUUUUUUUUUGGAGGGUGAUUUUUCCACGUGUAUAGAUACAACAUCUGUUCAACAUAAAUAAACAUGUCAUUUUGAGAUUGCAA